GAAAUGGUACAAUACGUCUUUACACCAUGGCGCGACCGUUACGAACUCUUGCUCGUACGCGAGCAGAUGUACACAGGCAUCGACACCAACGCACAGGAGCCAAGAGGGCAUUCCAGCCAUUCUGAAGGCAGCGUAAACAUACAAAUUCAACAGGAAUUGGACGAUAAAGAAACACAGAAGAGGCAGCACCAAGCGGUUGCGCGUGUGUCGAUGUGGAUGCAGCGAGGAAAUUGUCCUCACAUGGUUGAGUCAACAGCACUGUUGAUGGCCGCCAUGCUGAGUGAUAGAGAGGCAGCCGCUGGAGAAAAUGCAGCCUCAUCAGCGUAUGCAAUCCGAGCAGCAUACUCAGCAGCCUUUAGCAGAUUCGUUACUGGCCUUCUUGAUGGCCACCAGGACAAGCAGCGCAAGCAGAGCAUGUAUUCUAUUGCAAAGACUAUUGGUUUACCCGCUACAUUUGUUGAGCUUCGCCAUCAGUCAACGCACGAACAGUUACCCUCCUUGGCAAAGCUGCGCACAGCAGCUAAGAAGGCCUUACUGUGGAUUUGGGAUUAUUACUGGAAGCAGCUGGGCGAGGAUAAUAGCGAUGUGUGUCGCAAGGCAGUACUACGGUAUCUCGGUGAGGGAGACCAAUUGAAGCUGGCGGCCCUAUUCCAGGAGUUUGAACGAUGGCCUCGAGGCCGUGUUCUCAAGACGGUUCAAGAGGUCAAAGGCAGUUUGCCAGGCAAUCAAGCCUUUUUGAAGUGCGCAGAAUUGAUGCAGAGGCUACAGGAGUCCGAGGAAGAUAAGAAGUCGUCAAAAUCCGGUACCGCUGAUACGACGAUGAAAGAUACAGAGCCUGACACUGGUGAAGCUGAUGAGGAGGAUGACUUUGGCUGGUCACAGUUCAAAGGCACAUGGAAGCCUAAACCCAUUGGGAUUAGACAAAUAUGGGUGAUCUUGAAUUUGUUCCCGGACAUAUCACGUGCAGUCGCCCGCAUCGGCAAACGUCAUGAUACUGGAGCCAUGAUGCCUCGCUUGGAUGACAAAGCCUCACGUCUCAUUCGACCUUGUUCUGUUACAGCGCAUCCGCCUUCAACUUGCCUUGACAUUUACACAUUCCUACUUAUGUAUAGACUCGCUAUAAGUCGGCCAUUUCUCAGACAGAAAAUUGGAUUUCUAUCUAGUGCUCUCGUUGCUACUCGCGCCAUGCAUAUUCAGUCAAUUCCUAUGUGGGAGGGAAGCUCCAACAACUACGCUUACCUGGUAGUUGACGAUAAGUCCAAAGAUGCCGUCAUCGUUGAUCCCGCAAACCCUCCAGAGUACGUAGGUUGCGCCUAUCCUGAAGGAUGCUAUUCAGGCGGGAAAGAUCAACUUGACAGCCAUUGUCAACACCCAUCACUUGCUGAGCUGGGUAGUCCCAAGCUGGACAUCAUCGGCGGCAAAGACUGCGAGGGUGUGACUAAGACACCUGGUCACGGCGAGACCUUCAAGCUAGGCGACAUCACCUUCAAGGGUGUGCAUACACCUUGCCACACUCAGGACAGCAUCUGCUUCUUUGUGGAAGACGGAAAGGACAAAGCUGUUUUCACGGGUGAUACCCUUUUCAUUGGCGGUUGUGGAAGAUUCUUCGAGGGCAAUGCGGAGGAGAUGCAUGAGGCUUUGAACAAGCGCCUUGCGGCGUUGCCUGAUGAUACUGUGGUCUACCCGGGUCAUGAGUAUACCAAGGCCAAUGUCAAGUUUGCCGCAUCUGUUUCUCAGCGUGAUGCUGUACAGAAGCUGCACUCCUUCGCCGAGAACAACAAGGUCACCACUGGCAAGUUUACCAUCGGAGACGAAAAGGAACACAACGUCUUUAUGAGGGUUGAGGAUCCUGAGAUUCAGAAGCAGACAGGUGAGACCGAGCCUGUGGCAGUUAUGGCCAAGUUACGUGAAAUGAAGAACAACUUCAACUCAAAUGGUAAUGCACCCUCUGAAUGUAUAUCAGUGAAGACAUGGUCUAACAAACUAUCUCAGCCUCCAAAGCGCAAAGCUCCCGCGACCAGCGCAACCGCCGCGCCCAAGACGCGCCAGUCUAAACUUGCAAAGGAGCAUAACGUUACUGCGCAAGAGGAGGGCGAGAUCCGCGAGGCGUUCAGCCUCUUUGCGGAGCCAAUGGACGGUGAGAAGCAUGGAGUCUUGCCUAUUGACGACGUCAAGUCUGCGCUCAUAGCCCUCGGUGUUCCGCCCUCUUCUCACGCAGAACUUAAAGAAUUCGUAUCAAUCCUGGACCCAGAAAACGACGGUUACGCGACAUUUGAACCUUUCUUCGCAAUCUGCGCCCUCAAAUUCCAUACGAGAGAGCACGACUCGGACGCCCAUCGCGCAGAAGUCGAGGAGGCUUUUCGACUAUUCACAAACGGCCAGGACGGACCCAUUACUUUGGCGCACUUACGGCGCGUAGCUGCUGUGCUGAAAGAGGAUGUCGACGAGGAACUGCUCAAGGACAUGAUUCUCGAGGCGAACGGCGGCGUAGGUGUUGCUAGGGGAGUGGGCGUUGAGGAGUUUGAUGGAGUCAUGAAGAGCGCUGGUGUCUGGAGGUGA